AUGCAGAGGAACCGCUGGUCAUCAUUGGAGGCGUCGCUGGCAACGGUUUGUGCUGCGCUGCUGGUGACCUGCUUCAGUCUCAUCGCCGUUUGCUGGAUGGCCCUGCAUCCCCCCGGUGUGGCGGAGCAGGUGGUGAUGACGGGGCAGAUGGUGAUCACAGGUGGCGCUGUCUUCACUGAGGAGCUGAAGAACGGGUCCAGUCUGCAGUUUAAGUCUCUGGCGUACGACGUCCAGCAGCUGGUAACAGUGGCAUACAGCCAGGGUUCCCUAAGCAACAACUUUAAGACCUGCCAGGUUUUAAAAUUCAGUGAGGGCAGUGUGGUGGUGACCUUUGACCUUUGGUUCAACCAGCCCAUGGUUGUUCAGGAGACAGAGCAGGAGCUUAGGGCGGGGCUCCAAAGCACAGGGGGUGGAGCUUUGUUGAUUGACAUAACCAGCAUACACAUCACAGUGAAAGAGGAGACAACAGCCCUACCAACCACCCCAGCUCACACCACCAGGACCACCACCAGGACUACCAAGACUCCCACCACCAUCGAGACCAGCAUCACCACCAAAACCACCCCCAAGACCACCACCAUGACCAAGACCACCGCCACCACCAAGACUGCCACCAAGAGCCCCACCACCACAAAGACCACCACUAAGAUCCCCGACACCAUCAAGACUACCACCACGACCAAGACACCCACUACUGCCAAGACCACCACCAAGACUCCCAAGACCACCACCAUGACCAAGACCACCGCCACCACCAAGACUGCCACCAAGAGCCCCACCACCACAAAGACCACCACUAAGAUCCCCAACACCAUCAAGACUACCACCACGACCAAGACACCCACUACCGCCAAGAACCUCACCACCAUCAAGACCACCAUUAAAACCCCAAUCACUACCACCAAGAUCCCCACCACCACCACAUCUAACACCACGUCAGUGAUAUGUCCUCCGCUCCACACGGUUUGUGGAGAUGGAUUGACGUGCAUUCCUUCAGUCCACUUCUGUGACGGAGUUAAAAACUGUCCAGACGGCUCUGAUGAAGACAGUAGUCUCUGUGCAACAGCAUGUGAUGGACAGUUUCUCCUCCGGGGUCCAACAGGCUUCUUCCAUUCAGCUAACUUCCCUCUGCCUUACAACAGCAGCAGCCGCUGUCGCUGGAUCCUCCGAGUCCAGGAAGGAUAUUCUGUAAAGAUAGACUUCAUGGUGUUUGAAACAGAGGAAGACAGCGACACACUGAGUCUGUACGAGGGAAUCGGACCCACGAAACAGCUUUUAUCUGUGUUGUCAGGCUCCACCUCUCCAGGGACCAUGUGGCUGCUGUCUGACCAAUCAACAGUGGAGUUCAGCUCAGACGAUUAUAAUAAUCUCCCAGGGUUCAAUGCUUCUUAUAGUGUAGCAAACAUCAGCAACCUCUCAAAUGAGGAGAAGGUGAACUGUUCCUUUGAGCAAGGCUUUUGUUUCUGGAGACAGCAGCCCAAUGAUGCCGGCAACUGGCUGCGAUUUAAUGGCCCCACCUUCCCUCCCUUCACCGGGCCCAAUGCCGACCACACGCUGGGGAGCAUGGCAGGCUACUACAUCGUCACUCCACCCGGCCCUGGCCAAAGGCGUUUCCAGAUCCACAGCCUCCCUCUGACUGCGUCCACCCGGCCCGGCUGUCUCAGAUUCUGGUACCACAUGUUUGGAGAGGACGUCUACCAGCUCAGAGUCCUGGCUGUCGGACCGGCGGCUGUAGGUGGCGAGUUGCCGGUCACUGUUCUGUUUCAGAAGGAUGGAAACUAUGGUGACAGCUGGAACUACGGACAGAUCACCUUCAACGUCACAGCUGAGAUAGUGGUGAUGUUUGAGGCUCUGAAGGCAGCAGGGAUGAGGAAUGACAUUGCUCUGGAUGACAUCUCUCUGAGCAGAGGCCCCUGUGGGAUGGGGCCCCCUGAGCCCACUGCUGUCCCCGCCCCCACCACACCCCCAUCAGUCCCCCAGGACUGUGGAGGACCCUUUGACCUCUGGGAGCCAAACUCAACCUUCAGCUCACCCAAUUACCCACAAUCCUAUGGGAACAGAGCUAACUGUCUUUGGACCCUCAACACAAGAGAGGGCUGGAACAUCCAGCUGCAGUUUCUGGAUUUUGAUGUGGAGGCAACCUAUGAUGUUGUAGAGGUCCGAGAUGGGACAGGGCCUCACUCUGAGCUGCUGGGCGUCUUCACUGGCACUGAGAGACCUGCCCCUCAGCUGAUCUCCACAACCAACCAGAUGACCGUGAGAUUCUACACCGACCUUUCGGGACAGGGACGAGGCUUCAGAGCGAACUUCACCUCUGGGGAAAACCUGGGUUCAGCAGAGCCAUGUGCAGCAGACCAGUACCAGUGUCGCUCCGGUGACUGUAUCCGUGGUCAUGGUCAGUGUGACGGUGAGGUCAACUGUCCUGAUGGUUCAGAUGAAUCUGACUGUGUACAUAUGAUCCGUCUGAAUGGAACCAGUCGUGUAAAGGUGCAGUUCCAGGCCUCCCAGUAUACGGUCUGCUCCUCACUCUGGACCCAGCACCUCUCCCACUUAGUGUGCUGGUACCUGGGAUACAGGUCUGGAGACACACUGCUGGUACCGGCCCACAAAGAAGACGCUCCAUUCACAUCCAUCAUACUGAGUGCUGAUGGAAAGCUGCAACAAAACAUCAGUGAAACAUGUGGCAGUGGAAACGUCAUAUCGCUGAAUUGUGACAACCAACCCUGUGGUGUUCCUCUCAUCUCCAUGGAGACGACCCGGGGUCAACCCCCUGAACUGACUGCCACUGACCAACCAGAGCAGAGUGGGCGGGACCAAAGUAACAAUGAAAUAGCGCUUGGAAGAGUGGUGGGUGGAGUUGAUGCUCAGAGGAGGGCGUGGCCCUGGGUGGUGUCUCUCUAUUGGAGGGGGCGUCAUGUGUGUGGAGCCUCGCUGAUUGACAGCCAGUGGCUCGUUACAGCAGCACACUGUGUGUAUGGGAAGAACCUCCAUGUGCAGUUCUGGACGGCAGUCCUCGGUCUUCAUGCUCACAGACAUCUGAAUUCCUCAGACGUUCAGAGGCGACACAUCGAUCGCGUCAUCAUCCACAGACAUUACAACCGACGAACCAAACAGGCCGAUAUCGCUAUGAUGCACCUUCAUGCACCGGUCACGUUUACUGAUUCUGUCCAGCCUGUGUGUCUGCCUCAACAGGAGCAGGAGUUUGAAGCUGGGAGGAAGUGCGUCAUCGCUGGAUGGGGUCGAACUGCUGAGCAAGGUUCCCCUUCAGAUGUUCUGCAGGAGGCCCAAGUUCCCCUGUUGAGCCAAGUUCAAUGUCAGAACCAGCUUCCUGAAUACAACAUCACCGCCAGCAUGGUGUGUGCUGGACUCCCCGAGGGUGGGGUGGACUCCUGUCAGGGUGACUCUGGAGGUCCACUCAUGUGUAAGGAGAAAGAACACUGGCUUUUAGUAGGUGUCACGUCUUUUGGGCUGGGCUGUGGACGGCCUCUGAAACCAGGAGUUUACACCCGCACCUCCCACUUCACCAGCUGGAUUGCCAACACCAAACGCUCCUCCUAAAGCGCCUCCUGCCGGCAUGAAGAGAUGACCUGACCGCUGCACCUCCCACUCCUCCUUUACAUG